AUGGAGCUGCAGCGCCGGCCCGGGGCGCGCGCGGGGGAGCUCGCGCGCCGCCAGAACGGCGACCUCAGGACGCAGCUCCCCGACGGGCCGCCACGGGCCGCCGCGCUCGCCGACACGCAAGCUUUGGGAACCACCACGGCAGUGCCUGUCACAGGUCCUCAGGUCAGCUCCUUGCAGAGGUUGGCCGGGCAAGGAGCGGCAGUGCUACCUCAGGUUAGGCCAAAGACCCUGAUUCCAGACAGCCUCCCCAUCACCCCGGGCCGCGACCGGCCGCCCAAGCAGCCCCCGACAUUCCAGAAGGCCGCCGUGGUCAGUAUCAAGAACCCCAGCCCCGCCCUCCCCACCGCCAACAACACCGUGAGCCAUGUGCCGGCGCCCGGCAGCCAGCCCCAGCCCCUCGCCGAGCCCGCCGCCAUCACCUCUCCUCUGAGCAGCGCUGGCGUGGCCUACGCCCUCAUCUCCACCGGCCCCAGCAAUGCCGCCGCCGUCACCCCCAGCAGCGCCGCCGCCUCCGUGGCCAGCGACAGCCUCAAAGUGCAGCCCCUCCUCCUCAGCGCCGACAGCAAGGUCAUCAUCAUCCAGCCUCAAGUGCAGACGCAGCCUGAGAGCCCGGCCGGGUCGCGGCCACCCACGGAGGAGCCAUCUCAGGGAGCGCAGGCCACCAAGAAGAAGAAGGAGGACCGGCCCCAGAGCCAGGAGGACCCUGAGAAAAUCGCCUUCAUGGUUGCGCUAGGCCUGGUGACAACAGAACACCUGGAAGAAAUCCAGAGCAAGCGCCAGGAGCGCAAGAGAAGAAGCACAGCCAACCCUGCCUACAGUGGCCCCCUGGAGACAGAGAGGAAGCGGCUGGCCUCCAACUAUCUCAACACCCCACUGUUCCUCACAGCAAGAGCCAAUGAGGACGCCUGCUGGAAGGACGAGAUCACCCACGAUGAGCAGUGCACUGCCUGCAAGCGGGGGGCCGACCUGCAGCCCUGUGGCACCUGCCCCGGGGCCUAUCACCUCAGCUGCCUGGACCCGCCCCUCAAGACAGCACCCAAGGGCGUGUGGGUGUGCCCCAAGUGCCAGCAGAAGGCCUUAAAGAAAGACGAAGGCGUGCCCUGGACGGGGAUGCUGGCCAUCGUCCACUCCUACGUCACCCACAAAACAGUCAAGGAAGAGGAGAAGCAGAAGCUGCUGCAGCGGGGCGGCGAGCUGCAGAGCGAGCACCAGCAGCUGGAGGAGCGGGACCGGCGCCUGGCCUCGGCCGUGAAGAAAUGCCUGGAGCUUAAGACAAGCCUGCUGGCCCGGCAGCGGGGUGCCCAGUCCUCCUUGGACCGCCUGCGGGCCCUCCUGAGACUGAUACGGGGUGAGCAGAGGCUGCAGGUCACCAUGGCGACCGCCAGCCCUGGCCCCCUGCUGGCCGGGCCCUGGACCAAGUCCCCCAUGGCAGCCAUGCACGCUCACGCCGCCCUCCAGCACCCCCAGGGCCACAACUGACCCCGGACCCAUCUCGCAUCCUCAGAGAGCCCCUGGGAACCUGCUCGAGACCUGGGGGUCUGUCAGCCUUAAUUCAUAAGCACUAUGAAUUCAGACAAGAAUGAAACCAGAGAGACAGAUGAAGAAGUGUUGGGGGGAGCGGGAAGCCCAGUGGGGGCCGCUGGGGAUGGAGGCCUGUCUCUCAACUGCAGACGGGUGCCCAUAGCCAGGCGGGUCAGGCCCUGGUGGUGGUGAGCGCCCAUGCCCUUGGCUCCCGGGCACAGCUGUCUCCAUGCCCGGGUGCUCCCUGCAUCCCCAGGAGACGGGGACAGAGGCCCUGGAGGAGCAGAAAGAUGCCCCAGCCAUGGCCAGUCAGAGCCAAGGCCUCCCCGCUGCCCCCAGAAGGGGCUGCCGGCCAGCAGAAACAUAGCUGAGUAGUAGAGGUAGUUGGGGCGCCGUGUGGGAAGCGGAUCUAGCUCCGGGCCCUUCCUCCUGGUGCUCCUGCCUGGAGCCCGGGCCUCGGGGCCCACGCCCGUUUGUCAGUAUUAUUAGCAUUCAGAGCUGCAGCGUUGAACCGGAAAGCACUGCUGAGCGCACUCCUGGGGUGCUGCGGCAUCUGCCCGCCAGCCACUCACCUGCUGGGCUGCUCCCGGCCCCUCUGCCUCCCCCCCACCUCAGGCUCCUUUGCUGUCCACAUCUGGCUCUCACGGAGUUUCGGGCAGGGUGGAGCUGCCGCUGGCGGGAGGCAUCGAGGGUCCCAUUGGGCUGAAUCCUCAACCAAACCGCCGAAGCCUUCCCUCUUCUGCUUUCGGAGAGCCAAGAGUAUUCCGUCCCUCUUCUCUUGCCAGUACAACACUAUGCCAAAAAAUAACUUUACAUUUUGUAUGGUGUUUUUAUUGUAAGAUAUUUAAUGUGAAGGGGACACCUGCCGACUUCUUUUUCUGCUUAGGGUGGUCUCUGCCGCAAGGGACGGUGGGAAACCUCCCCGGGGAGGGGGGCUGCCAAA